GUAACAUAAGCUUACCGGUCAAUCAGUGUGUUUUAGGCGUAUGUAAAGAAAUUCAGAAACAAAGGAAAUAUUCUGGUAAAUUAUUUGCGAUUAGUUUUCAGUUGGGAUAUAAAACGUUUUUACAAUUGCAUCAAAUAAGGUACAAAAAUGAAGGAUGAUGUUUGCAGACUUUGUUUGGCUGUUUUGGAUCCUGAGGAUAGUGGCUGCUCAGUGUUAAACGAUAGGUUCCGGCAGGCUCUUGAUAAUGUUUUCACAUUUGAGAUAAGUGCCGACAAGGAUUUGCCCGUAAACACUUGUAAACAAUGUUCAUGGAACGUAUUCGACUUUCAAAGCUACAGCGAGUUAGUUAAAAAAAAUCAGGAAAUACUCGAAAAGGGACUUCCACGGAAUGACCAAAACGAAUCAACCACAGAAGAGAUUACUGUAGUUAACGGCAUGGGCGAUACAAAUCAAAAUAAUGUUACAAAUGACUCCGAACCAUUCAACUCAUCUCAACCGGAAGAGAAACAUCCAGUUGACACCAACAUUACACCUAUAGGCAAUGAGCUUUCUUUGGAUGAUGUGAAAGUAGCGUAUGAAAUACAUCCAGAUCAUGAAAGUUCAACAAUGCUAGAACAAGAUGCUGGUAAACCGUAUUCAGAUAUGGUUUGUGAAGAAUACGUAAUCACUCCGUGUGAAGCGGAGGAGAACUCAAACCACACAAUAAUGGAAUCAGCCCUCGAAAAGAAUAUCCUCCCGACUAGGGUUCGAUUUGCAGACGAGGAUAAAAACGACAUUUCUGACUCUGAUGAACCUUCCCAGAAGAAGAAUAAAAUAAGCACACCAGGAUGUGCAGCUGCACGGGACAUUGUGAGGAGGAACAAUUUAGUGGAUGAUUUAUAUAACGCAUCAUCAAACGUUCACAAAGAGGUCAUGCGCGUUUUAAACGAUCGAGACAAUGAAAUGCACCCUUGUGCACAAUGCGAGAAAAAGUUUGCAUCCAAAUGGCAGUUAGAUUAUCAUAAGCAAGAACACAUGAUUAUAAAAUGCCCAUUUUGCCGAAAAACUGUAUCGGCAAAGACCUUAAAUUCACACAUCACAAGCCAUCAGGAUGCAUUGCGCUGCAAUACAUGCAAAACAAAGUUUAUAAACCAGCGAAGCUUCAAACUUCAUAAGAACAGUUGCGCUAAAGACGAUCAUGCAUAGAUAAUUAUUGUUUUCUAUAUGUACAUCUUCAGUAGCUUAAGUUUUGUAUUCGCGAUCGUUUGCUUGGACUGGUCUGUCCUGGCGCUAAUUUGCGGGAUAUUAUUGAGAUACAAUGCUGCAUCAUUCAAGCAAAUAAGGAAAUGGAAGUAAAACA